AUUUAUGUAACUUUGUGAUUUCAAUGCACAUAUUUCUUCAUGCGUUACACUUAUGUUUUCGAAUAUUCAUGACAUCAAAUCAUAUUCAUCAAUAAGUCAAUAGCUUCUUUAUCAUGCAAGAAGCACGAAUAAGAUACGUGGUUUGCUUCCAAUCCCUGAUUCUACAUGUAUUUUUAAAAAUCAAGGUAUUGCAAAACCAGCAAGUAUACUUGCAAAAACAUAUUUACGAUUUCAGGUAAACAUUUUAAACUGUAAUUAUUUUCAUCGCUAAUAAAUACGUUAAUGAAUAUGCAUAUAGGCGCGGGAGUUCAAACCCAGCGAGUUAGAUGAACUCACGGCGUGAGUGGUGACAAACAAAUAAUUAUCACGUGUCACAGCGUUUGAAAACGAUUUGUUCACUAAACGUCAAUCACAACAAAUCACCAACCCUCCAAUUAAAUGUCGUGUGUCAGCGCUCUCGAGAUUUCUUUAAAAACGGGCGUUUAACGGCAUUUCAUCAUUACCCCGAAGUGCUUUGUCGACACAAGACAAUUUUAACUGAGCUUAAUUUUCAUCUGUUGGAAGAUAACAUUCCAGAAAGACAAUGAUACCCUCCUCUUUCAGCAUAGAUUUCCUGACAAGAGAUGACCGUUACCGGAGCGACGACAGCAGUAAGGACGUGGCCCGGUGCAGUACCUCCCCUGACCCCCAGUCCUCGUCCUGCGAGUCCGAGAGCUCCACAGGGGACAAUGCAGAGUCCAUCGCCGAGGUCCUGUUGUCGCUGGAUAAAACUAUCAAAGGCGGAAUCAACAGAGACCCGUCAAAGGAGAAACCCCCGCAUUCCUACAUCGCUCUGAUUUCUAUGGCGAUAUUAAGCACAUCGGAUAGAAAAAUGUUGCUAAGUGACAUCUACCAGUAUGUGAUGGACAAUUUUCCGUUCUACAACAACAAAGAAAAAGCAUGGAGGAACAGCAUUCGGCAUAAUUUAUCGCUGAACGAGUGUUUCGUAAAAAAUGGACGGGCUGACAAUGGCAAGGGAAACUUCUGGUCCAUUCACCCCGCUUGCGUGGAGGAUUUCGCGCGUGGAGACUUCCGCCGACGUCAGGCUCGGAGACGCGCCAGAAAGAGUAUGAAGGAGCCUGCAGAGCGCCCCCUCCGGCCAGACUGUAGUUACAACGUGGGGUACGUUCCUAUGACAUCCUCCCCUCUCGGAUAUCAUGGAUACCCGCGUCAAGUGCUAUAUCCACAGAAAAACUUCCACUCCGUACCACAGAUGCCCGCGUCCAUUACAUCGCAUCACGUGACCCAGAUGUCUCCCCCUUCAGCUUACUUUUCACCCAUGCACAUACCACAUCCCAACUCACAAUCUCAGCAAUUUCUGUCCCCGACAGUCCACCCUUCCGUGAGUUACUCGCAGCAUUGCUGGUGAUACGAGCUCUGAUGUACGCAUUUGUGAAUUUCAUGAAAGUGACUAUUAUUGGUUUUAAUUGUUAUUUGUUUUAAUGUGUUAUUUGUGUCAAAUAUACGAUUUUAUGUACAUAAUUCAAGUGCAAUAUUAUAUCUAAAUAUUUUUUUUUUCUUUUUUUUACAAAUUUUAGUUAUACUGGUUCAUGUAGAAUGUUUAUUUCGAUGAAUUUGAUGAAAGAAUAUGAGGGGAAAAAAUCAUCUAUUCAUGUAUUAUUCUGUCAUCUUUGGUAAAAUUGUUCUUUGUUGAUUUACCUUAAUUUUUGAGAAUGAAAUAAACAUUGCAAUUUGAAGAAGUUUUUACUUUGCUUAAUAUAGGGAUCACGUUUACUCAUAGACUGAUAAAAUAUAUUCAGCCGAUAGGAAGGAAAAUUUCAAAUUGUACAAUGUACACCCUCCAUGUACACGGUGUGCUAAUUAGUACUAU